GAAAGGUCCAUAUAGCUAUAUCAAGCAGUCUGUUCAGAGAGGGAAUAUGAGCAAGUGAGAGAGAGACAGAGAGAGAGAGAGAGAGAGAGAGCGCCAUGGGAAGACCUCCUUGCUGUGAUAAAGUUGGCAUCAAGAAGGGUCCAUGGACACCUGAGGAGGACAUUAUUCUAGUUUCUUAUAUACAAGAACAUGGUCCAGGAAAUUGGAGAUCAGUUCCUACUAAUACUGGGUUGUUAAGAUGCAGCAAAAGUUGCAGGCUUAGAUGGACCAAUUACCUCAGACCAGGAAUUAAGAGAGGAAAUUUCACAUCUCAUGAAGAAGGGAUGAUAAUUCACUUGCAAGCUUUAUUGGGUAACAAAUGGGCAGCAAUAGCUUCAUAUCUUCCACAAAGAACAGAUAAUGAUAUAAAGAACUACUGGAACACCCACCUGAAGAAGAAGCUAAAGAAGUUCCAAUCAGCUAUGGACCAUCCAAUGGCACCACAAGACUCAACAACAACAACUAGCCAUCAGUUUGUGUCAAAGAGCUUCAGUGAUAGAUCAAGAAGCUUAAAUUUGAGCCCUAAUUCAUCAAAUCUAAGACUCGAUCAAACCUUCUCCAAUUAUGCAUCAAGCACUGAAAACAUUUCGCGGCUUCUUGAAGGCUGGAUGAGAUCAUCUCCAAAGCCUAAUAAUCAUGGCACUAAUGAUCUAUUUAAAGAGAAAUGGAACCAAAACAACUUGGAGAAUGCAGCAGGAAGCAUUGGCAAUUCAGUGGCUACCACUUCUCAUGAGUGUUACAGACAAAAAGCUGAGCAAGAAAGUGGUGGUGAUGAUCUGAUUUCCCAUGAAGAGUUUGAAUCCAUUUUAUCUUUUGAGAACCUGAACAAUGUUGCAUGGGACAAAUCCACUUGUGAUUCUACCACUGUUUCUACUGUAAAGGGUUGUCAUCAAGAUUCUGCAAGUGAAGAAAAGGAGAAUGAUAUUAUUGCAGUAGCAGACAAUAAAGAGAAAUCUGACAAUAAUCCUCCAUUAUCAUUUCUUGAGAACUGGCUCUUGGACGAAGCUGGUACUACUCAAGUGGAAGAAUCCAUGGAACUUUGUCCAAUUUUCUGAUCAACCUCUGAUCCUUCUUUUAUUAUUAUUAUUAUUAUUUGAAUUUUAGGAGCUACAAAUUAAUCAAUAGAGAUAAAAGAAAAAAAAGAAGAGUGUUCUGAUUUUCUAGGAUAUAAUCUUUUAGUUAGCUGGGAUUCUGAGAAGUUGGAAUCUCUUAGCAAAUGUAAUUAAAUUUAGCGUCUCUGAUUGAAAUAAUUAAGCAAAUUAAGCUACAAUUUCCUCUC